AUGGCGGAUCAAGGGAAUCAGUCGAUGCCAGUCGAGGAUGGGAUUCAGGUAGACGCUGCCGAUGGCGAGGCUCAUGCCAAACAAACGAAUGCAAGCACCACUGAGGAAGCCAACCCACAAGAUGCAGACAAAGGCGGCACAACUCUGGUUUCCCGCCCCCGCCGGUCCCUGAGAAAUGCAGGGCGUAUUACGGAAGAAACGGUCGUAAAAAGGACUGUGAGAAUCAUCAGCAAGCGCAAGUGGGACGCUGAACGCCUCCUCACUGACCCGAAAUCGCCACUCGCCAGAGCGAACCUACGAACAAUCCUUUCCAAUCCCAUAGCAUGGAGCAGCCUCGACGCGGUAGACCACGCCGAGAUCCUAGCGCUCUUCCCGGACCAACGCCACGUUGUCCUUGGGGAGGACGGCACGGCGCAGCCCAACACGGCAUCGCUAAUGAACGACGACAGCUUCCGGUACGACUGCGCUGCGUAUACGGAGAGCUUGGCGCAGGGGCGGCACGACCCGGACUGGCUGGCACAGGCGUGGGCAGCGCACGAGCGGCGAAGGGCGGGCGAUUUUAAGGACUAUCUCCGCGCCAAGUUUGAGAAGGACUGGGAGGUGCAGCUGCCGGAGGAGCGUGAGGCGGAUGCGAGCAAGGAAGCGCUGGCCGGUGACGCUGCGACGCAGGUCAGCAGCUCGACGGGGCAAGGGCUGCAGCCACAUGGUGCGCAUGUAUCUCAGUGA